GUUAAAAAGGUAGAGAGACUGCCCUCUGAACUUCAGUUCUCUCUUUUUUGGCAAAAUCAUAAGACCACUCCUUAUGAAAGGACCAUGGUUCCCGCUGUGAACGCAACUCUGCUAAGGGCCUUGACCCUACUUUUGGGGUCAGGGAAGACCCCAAACGAGGGUGUCAAACUAUCAUAUGGAUCGUCAGAACCGCUAAGUAAUUCCUCCCCCUGCGACAUACCGGAAGGAUGUCACGCUUGCUACGAUCCCUGCGCCUUGGAUCCUCCAGAGCCCUGCAGAAGAGAUCCUUUGGCCGGAAUUCCUACAGAUGAUGACAGCCUCGCCAUCCUCGCUAGCCUAGAUUGGCCUCGGAGAGAUCUGCAAUGGUUCCUCGAGGCUUUCAAAGCAGCCAACAACAACUUUGAAUUUGUGGAGCAGACAACUACUACUUCACCGUUUAUCAACCUCAGUGUCGGCAGAAGUAAGAGGAAGGGUGUGGAGAAAGUGGAUCCACGACAGAAACAGAGCGUAUCUGCAGCGGUAUUCGAAGGGCCAAUCGUCAUUACGGUGAAUUGUGGCACAGUGUCCGAAGAGCAGAUCGUGGACGUGGAGGAUUUCGCGAACGAAUUUCGACUUGAUCUCGUCCUCUCGCUCUUGAAGAAAGACACGUCAAAAAUCCAGUUGGAAGCAAUUCAGCGAGGAGUAGAGACACUGACCCAAAAGGAAACCCUGGAGCAGAGUCUUCGGGAGCAAAACGUAACCUUUGGAAACAACAGCGCCACCCUCAAGCAUCAGUUGGCCUUCCGGAAGACGGACAUCAUCUCCACGCGAUUGGCGAAGGUCGGCACCGUCAUCAACGCGGCCGUCAGUGGCUUUGGCGAAAUGACUGGUUUACCAGGCAUUAGCUCAGUUGGUCUCAUAUUCCUGGGUGACCUUCCUACCUGUAAGAACAGGUUCAGCUCGUUCUUGAGACCCAGGUUGGCGGUUUGCAACCCGAACGAUCCUUAUCGAACGCUGGACGGGAGUUGCAAUAACGUGGACAACGAUCUCUGGGGAGCAGCAUUCACGGCUUUCAGGAGAGACCUUGCUCCCUCGUAUGACGAUGGGGUGAGCACUUUCCGUCUGUCAGUCUUGGGAAACGGAUUACCCAGCGCCCGGCUGAUAAGCAACUCGAUGAACAACGUCAGAAGCAAACCCUCCAAAUCGUACUCCAUCUUGCACGUGACCUACGGUCAGUUUAUUGAUCAUGACCUCACAUCUACGCCCCUCUCUCGAGCAUCAUUCUUCGGUUACCCCGUUUCGGAGUCACCUAUAAGAUGCUGCUUCGAGGGCUUUGAGACACCCUUCGGCUUACAUCCAGAAUGCGCUCCUAUCAAAAUACCUUUCAAUGAUCCCCUUUACAGUUGCUUCCACCAAGAAUGUAUGGAGUUCGUCCGAUCCGCUCCUGCGAGUGGGGACUGCCAAAUGGGCCCAAGGGAACAGACCAAUCAGCAUUCGUCAUACUUAGAUGGGUCAGUUAUAUAUGGAGUCAAACCCGAAGAGACUGACGAUCUGAGAACCUUCGUAGAUGGCCUUCUAAAAAUCCAGCUCUCCAAGGAUGGCCAAGUGCUUCUUCCCAAAGACUCUGCGAGUGGAGGCCAGUGUAACACCCCGGAGAGAAUGCAGAUAGGAGAAUUUUGUUUCAGGGCAGGUGACGGUCGAGUGAACGAACAGAUUUUACUGACGUUCUUCCAGACGGUCUGGGCCCGCGAGCACAACAGGGUCGCCAAGAUCCUGAAGAGAAGCAAUGUCGACUGGAAUGAUGAGAAGCUCUUCCAGGAAACCAGGAGGAUCGUGGGGGCUCAGCUGCAGCAAAUUACUUACUCUGAAUUUUUACCGUCCCUCAUUGGGCCAACUUUGAUGGCUACCUCCAAGCUGAACCCGUUAGAGGGAGACCAACAAACAACCGACUACGUCGAGUUCAUCAAUGCAGCAAUCGCCAAUAAUUUCGCCACAGCUGCCUACCGGUUUGGACACAGCUUAAUUGCAGACAACGUCCUCUUCGUAACGAAAUACGGCAAAACUACCCCGAAGGAGUUGUCGACGAUGUUCUUCAACCCUUUCGACCUCUACAAGAAAGACGGAAUGUGCGAUGUGGCCCGCGGAGGGUUGAACCUUCCCCAAAACGCAAUGGACCCCCACUUCACUCCAGAGGUUGCAGGAAAGCUCUUCCGAGGCACAAGUCCAUUCGGUCUCGAUCUCCUCUCCCUAAACAUCCAGAGGGGGCGAGACCACGGCCUGCCUCCGUACAACAGAUGGAGAGUCCUCUGCGGUCUUCCGAGGGCAAACUCCUUCGACGAACUGAAAGAUCAAAUGACAGAGGCGCGGAUUAUGGCUCUCGCGCAAGUUUAUGACCACGUCGACGAUAUCGACCUGUACGUGGGGGGCGUGUCCGAAAACCCCAUACCAGGAGCACUUCUGGGCCACACUUUCACGUGCCUAGUACACAAUCAGUUCUACAGAAUGAAAUACGGCGACAGAUACUGGUUCGAAUACAAGGAUGGUCCAGGAGCUUUCACGAAAGCUCAAAUCAAGCAACUGCACAGAGUCACUUUAGCAAGGGUCAUGUGCAACAAUUUGCCUGAGCUCGCCUACAUCCAGCGCUGGCCGCUGAAGACCCCUGGUCCCGACAACCCGAAGGUUUGCUGUAAAUCCAUCCGCCAGUAUAACCUGGAUCCCUGGAAUCCAGACUUUGUGGAGGUGGAAGAAGAAGUAGAAGAAAAGAAAUGCUGCGAUGAUCAGUAUGGAGAUGAUUGUUGUGAAAAUGAAAACCAACGGAAAUAAUGCUGUUGAAGAUAAAGCGUUCUUAACUUCUUAUGUCAUCUUGCAUGAAUAAAUCCAAAGAGAAUA